AUGCACAAUUGCCGUUUCCAGCCAGGCAGCUCCGUAGUACACAUUCACUCAAACACCACCAAUCUCUGGCAUGUCUCUGCCGCUAUCGUGGCAACUAUCACAAACCCAACAAGGCCUUACGAUGCAGCUGAAGCUCUUGGGCGGAGACCCCCUGACUCGAGUCUAAAUUUCAACUCCGUGGCGCAGGACUAUCAGAUGCAGUAUCAUUCUACCACAAGACUAAAUCAUAUUAUAGGUAGCUGCCAUAAUGUCUCAAACAUCUCCAGCACAUUGCCCGCCACCAAACAUGUACUUGAGCCAGCAUCUGGACUCUCCAAACUAAAAAGCAACCAGUAUUUACAACAGUCCAAUCUCUCGGUAUGUUCCGAGCUACAGCUCUCACACCGGAUGUCAUCUCAUGGGCCAUCUAUUCGCCCACCAUUCAUCGCAGCCUUUGCCCGCGACCUCUCUUUGCAAAAGCAAGAAAAAAAAAGGUGCCUCCAGAAGCAAUCCCGAGCUCGAAGCGCCUCCUUCAAAUCUACGCAGCGAGCAUCAUCGUGGCUCAAUAGAUCGACGUGUCCAACCGCCACAGACGUCUUGACAGUUGUGGCUCACACUACGCUUCGUCCCUCCUGUUGUCGCCGUUUCCCCCUCGCGCUGGAGCCACUAGAAGGCUUGACCUCUGAUGAACGGCGACAUGGAAAGCUUCUCCUUGGCUCGUGUCCCCAAAGCUUAGCCCUGUCCAGAUCGGCCAUGCAGAUCGAGACCCGUCCCGACUUCCCCCAGCACGAAGAACUUUCCAAAAUGCUUCCUCUCGAGGAAUUUCGAACUAACGAGGCUGUUCCGCUUACCCUAGUCAGCCUUCUUCUGUACCUAGUGACCUUUUGCCCUAGGAGAAGUGUGAUAGAAGCAUUAGCCGCUUCGCCUCGAAAUACGUACUCCUUUCAGGAUCCCCACUCUACAAUGCGCUGGAGUCAGCAUCGGAGAAGAUUUGUGGGCCGCCAAUUUAGAAAAAGAAGUCCUGAGCAUUCAGACUCUCCCACGGCAUCACGCCAAAUCUCAGAUAGGUAUGCAGAGGAUGUUUUACAUUUCCGACACAUCAGACUCGCAGACCGCAGAACUGCACACCCUCACACCCCUCCUCCACGUUCCAAGAUACUAGUAGAUCCCAUGGUACCGAUCUGGAUAAAUAAUCCUGGAGACGUAGGCAGACUGCAUAAUGCCCGUCCUUCAAUCGUCAUACCGCUCAUCGUCCUUCGUGCACGGUAUACACCACUCGGUUUUCAUUAUCGAAGACCUGUAGAGCAGGGUACCUCAAUACCCCUACACCGCACAAUUCCUGUCAUUGCAGAAUAUUACAAAUUUUUGAGUAAGACUAAUCUGACCCGUAUAGUUAUAGGAACUUUGACACAAGUAUCUCGACAUACUGCACACCUUCCACAACCUGCGCCUUCGCUCGCUCCCACAACCGAAAAAUGCAACUUCACAAUGGUCCUGGAUCGCUUUGUAGUAGUCCCUUCGUCUCCAAGGGUAUCGCACAUGCUUUGUUUAGAGGCCAUAAUUCCCCGUCAGGCUUCGAUUAGAUUCGCCCUUUGUGGGACGGAAAUCGACCUAUUUCGAAUGGUUUCACGGCAUGUUUGCAGACCGCCUUUAGCCAGUGGUCAUACUCAAGCCUCGCCGAAGAUAUUGCUGAACUCUAGCCUUCCGAUAUUAUCGCUACAAUCUAUGUAUUUUCUGUCAAAUAACAUAUCUUCACUCCUAAUCACCGUUACACGCUCAUUUCCGAAGAUCGACACAUCGCCCCCUCCAACACGCCCAAACCCCAGACUCGACACAGGGUACCCCCGCCCCCGGAACCGGCCAGAGAACAAACACUUGCCUCUUCAAGAGCAGCCUUUAUCCCCGCGGGCUAUUGUUAAAACGCUCGCUUCCUCGCUCGGUACUCAAUCCAGCCUCUGGCUUCGUUACCCCCUCCUCUUCCACGAUGGCGAAAAGCUCGCUCACUGCCAGCGUACAGUGGGUAUUGCAGCCAUAGCCAUCGCCAUUGUUCUCAUCCCCGGCGCCUCCAACGCCAACUUCGCUACUAUCAAAACAACUUCAGCUGACACAUUCUCUCGUCAGACUGGCUGGUAG